GGGUAGAAAUAUGACAUUUGGCCAAAACUGAAAGAACGAAGACAUGCAUCCCGUUGACUCACAGUAUAUUUAAUUAAACCCUAGAUCGACCACAAACCUAAAAGCUCUAUACAGCCCCGCGCCACGCUCGCUCUGUCUCCUAGAUCUUGAUUUGGUCUGUUAAGUGACAAAAAAAUCCCUCGAAAGCUAUGGCUCUGGUCUUGCAUGCCGGAAACACCAAUAAAAAUGCUUUCAAAGCACUUAUUGCAGCAGAGUACUCUGGAGUCAAAAUUGAAUUUGUCAAGAAUUUUGAGAUGGGCGUGUCUAAUAAAUCCCCUGAAUUUCUUAAGAUGAACCCCAUUGGAAAGGUGCCUUUGUUGGAAACACCUGAUGGAAAUGUGUUUGAGAGUAAUGCCAUUGCACGUUAUGUUGCUCGCCUGAAAGCUGACAAUCCACUGUUGGGCUCUUCAUUGAUCGAAUAUGCCCAUAUUGAGCAAUGGAUUGAUUUUUCAUCAUUGGAGAUUGAUGCUCAUAUCUUAAAAUGGUUCAUUCCACGGAUUGGUUUUUCUGUGUUCCUUCCUCCGGCUGAGGAAGCUGCAAUUUCAUCAUUGAAGAGAGCAUUAGCUGCUUUAAAUGUGCAUCUUGCUUCCAACACUUACUUGGUUGGACAUUCUGUUACCCUGGCUGAUAUCAUUAUGACAUGUAACUUGACUAUGGGAUUUAGCCGAAUCAUGACCAAGAGCUUUACUUCAGAAUUCCCUCAUGUUGAGAGAUACUUCUGGACUAUGGUUAAUAUACCAAAUUUCCACAAGAUAUUGGGAGACAUAAAACAAGCUGAAUCUGUGCCUCCUGUUCAGUCAGCAAAGAAGCCUUCACAACCUAAAGAACCUGCAAAACCCAAGCCUCAAGAACCUAAAAAGGAAGCUAAAAAGGAACCAGCAAAGCCUAAGGUAGAGGAGACUGUUGAAGAAGAGGCACCCAAGCCCAAGCCAAAGAAUCCGCUUGAUCUUUUGACUCCUAGUAAGAUGAUUUUGGAUGAGUGGAAGAGGCUUUACUCAAACACAAAAACCAACUUCCGUGAGGUUGCUAUUAAAGGAUUUUGGGACAUGUAUGACCCUGAGGGUUACUCACUCUGGUUUUGUGAUUACAAGUACAAUGAUGAGAAUACUGUCUCAUUUGUGACAUUGAACAAAGUGGGUGGUUUUCUACAACGAAUGGACUUGGCUCGCAAGUAUGCUUUUGGUAAGAUGCUUGUGAUAGGUUCGUCACCACCCUUCAAGGUGAAGGGUCUAUGGCUAUUCCGUGGACAGGAAAUUCCUCAGUUUGUAAUUGAUGAGUGUUAUGAUGUGGAGUUGUAUGAGUGGAAGAAGGUAGACAUCACAGACGAAGCUCAAAAGGAGCGAGUAAAUCAAAUGAUUGAAGAUCAAGAACCUUUUGAGGGAGAGGCUUUACUAGAUGCCAAGUGCUUUAAGUGAUCUAUAUAUCAUCUUGAACAGACCAGUGGAUGAAAUGUUACGUUCACAAACUUUAACUUAUUUUUUAUUUGCUUUGUGUUUUAGCAACUUUGGCAUGCAAUUGCCUUACCGUAAUUUUGUUCUCUAAUUUAUUUAAAUUAAAUGUCUGAUCUGAACUUCUCUAAUUUAUUUAAUUAAGAUUUGAUUUUCUGUUUA